UUCGUUCGUUCCCCUAUUUUUAUAUGGGGAGCCUUCUCUUCAAGAAGCAAGUUUUCUAACAAACUGAUGGAUACAAUGCUGUUGAUGUUUUCCAGUGCUUCAGUGCAAAUUUUUUGUCCCAUCGAUCAGUCCGGAAUUCUGAAGCGCUGGGACUUGGAUCGCGUCGUCAUCGCCGAUCAAACAAUAGAGCUCGUAUUGUGCUGAGGCUAUUCGUCACACAAAACGUACCGCGAAAAAUGUCAAGAAUUUCUGGUUCGACUAUUUAGAUUCCAGUUAUCGGGUCGGUUGAUACAAGUGAUGAAAUAACGGUAUUAGGUACUGCGGAUAAGCAAAUCAUCGUGUCGGUCACCGCGCGUUCUUCGCCGCGAACGAAGGGAAGGCCACUCACCUGAUCAAGGCGGUGAUAAAGCUUCACGUGGAUAUCGCCUGCGUGGUUGUGAUAGUGGCUAAUCCUUAGUAGGCUUGUGUGAUAUCGAAAAUCUGGGGAAAAAGUCGAAUCGAAGCAGCCAGGUUUCUUUGGGGUUUCUAAGAAAAGAAGGUUGAAUGAAAGCGGCAAUGAAAGGAAUGGAGAAGAAAGCAGUGUGCAAGCUGCAAUAAAGAGCGAAUUGCGCAAGUGCUUCUGCCGGUGAAUCCGAUAAUAAGGCAGCGCGAAAUUAGCGCAACGAGAAAAAGGUGUAGAUAGAUAACAGCGCGAGGAAGUGAAGAAGAGCGGCUCGUUAUUUAUAUUUCGCUGUUUGUGAUAUCGUUGGCUUAGCAAUCCAGCGCUACUUAGAGGAGUGCCGUGCUCCAUCGAUGUGAUCAUAGAAUGGGAUGUGGUGCUUAACGGUAGUGUUUGUAUUUUCAUACAGGUUGUUGAUUUUUGUUUUCGAUGCACACGUCAUAGCUUGUUUGUUUUGAGAAAAAAGAAAAUUGGCACGUGUACUCAUUUGCGCGUUUUUAAUAUUUAUUAUCGUUAUUAUCUAAGAUGCCCUACAGCAAUGGGGCCACCUUGCGGUUCCUGCUACCGAUCCCGUUCCGAAAUAACUACCAGGACUGCAACUUGACGCGUCUGUCGCAAAGUUCAGAUUCCGUCUACCACGACGAAGCGGACGACGUGGUGGGUUCUAUCAUUCCGCUGGCCUACCGACCGAUGGGUGCCGCUGUUUUCGGUUGUGGUGGGGAUAGUAGCAGUUGCAGCAGUAGCAGUAGCAGCAUUAAUGGGAGUUACGAGGAAUAUGAUUUCGGUGGCGGAGUGCGUUACGAGAAAGCCAAGCGGAAUCUCAACAGAUCGAAUGCCGUGCGAUUGCUUAAUUUGGCCCGUCUCGGCUAUCAUGUCCGAUUUGAGGCGGAUGUCAUUGAUAAUGAAAAACCUCCCACGAACCAACCACCACCACCGCCACCACCAUCCAGAAAGUGA